GACAAACCUCAUCGCGACCCAGAAACCGUCAACACAUUCCAGUGAUUGAUUAUACAGAGUUAUACAUAAUGUCAGCACAACAAAUCUCACGGAGUCUUCUCCGGCGUACAGUUCAGCGAUCACAGAACUUGACGGCGACGAUUGACACUGCUCGAUUCACCAGCGCACGGAGGUCAAUUCACUAUGCGCGAAGCAGCAUCUCUGCCAUAACACCAUCUCAAAGCCGUCGCAGGCCGGUCUUACAUCCUAACCAUCAGACUUCGAACCUACCGAAGAUCAAUGGGCCGUCCACGGGCAAUAAGCGGUCUAUAUUCAUCCAGACGGAGUCGACGCCGAACCCGGAUGCUCUCAAAUUCCUACCUAACCAUCGCGUUCUUCCAGAAAACUUCCCAACUCCCUUCUUAGAGUACCUGUCGCCGAGGUCGACUCUCGCUCCGCCUCAUCCUUCACCACUAGCAGCCAAGCUACUCAAUGUUGAAGGCGUUUCAUCCGUUUUCUAUGGACCCGAUUUCAUUACUGUGACCAAGCAAAGCGACGUCAACUGGGCUCACAUUAAGCCCGAAGUCUUCAGUCUGAUCACCGAAGUCGUUACUUCCGGCGAACCGAUUGUGAAUACCGUUGAACGCACCUCUGGCGCCCAGGAUGCGCAAGAGGGUGGCGGCGAGGAUACUCUAAGCUACAACGAAGAGGACGACGAGGUAGUCGGUAUGAUCAAGGAGCUAUUGGAAACUCGCAUCCGACCAGCUAUCCAGGAAGACGGAGGAGAUAUUGAAUUCCGGGGAUUUGAGAAUGGGAUUGUCCUGUUGAAAUUGCGAGGAGCUUGUCGGACUUGUGACUCCAGUACCGUUACGCUGAAGAACGGUAUCGAGUCGAUGCUUAUGCACUACGUAAGUUAUACUACUCCUGUCAUUUCCUGGACUGUUUCAUUGACUCUCCGCUAGAUUGAGGAAGUCCAAGGUGUGCAGCAAGUUCUGGACCAAGAGGAAGAGGUCUCGAUGCAUGAAUUUGCCAAAUUCGAGGAGAAGUUGCGGCAGCAAAAGGGCCCAGGAGCUACGACCUCUUCUCCACUGGAUAGUGCUCCUGCUUGAGAUCAGUAGUUCUCUGUCUAUAGCAAGAUUCUGUAGUAUGUAUUGAUAGAAUGACACACAGCUUUUUCCUGAUUAUGUUCAUCUCUAUCCUGUCGCCAAUAAUUAUGUUCGCCACUUAUCCAUGACGGAUGAAGUUCGCCUUGCCACUCUGCUUCCGCCGCGGGGACAGGAGGUAAGGGCCUGGAUAAGGCUUGGAAGCUUUGUACCAUACCCCGCCAAUCGCAUGUACUACCAUAGUUCAAGAAGGGGGAUAUGCAUUGAGUCU